AUGCCUCUGGACACGGGGCAGCUAAGGCCCACUAUAAAAGCCAGCCCAGCUCCGUGCUCAAUCAUCCAUUUCUCUGGCCUUCGUCUUGUUGGGAAGUAUGUGGUACACCUCAAAUCCCAAGACAUGUCCUGCUACAACCAGUGCCUGCCAUGCCGGCCCUGUGGCCCGACCCCGUUGGCCAGCAGCUGCAACGAGCCCUGCGUCAGGCAGUGCCAGAACUCCACCGUCGUCAUUGAGCCCUCUCCCGUAGUGGUGACCCUGCCUGGCCCCAUCCUCAGCUCCUUCCCGCAGAACACCGUUGUAGGAUCCUCCACCUCUGCUGCCGUUGGCAGCAUCCUCAGCUGUGACGGAGUCCCCAUCACCUCCGGGUGCUGUGAUCUCUCAGGCAUUUCCAGCCGCUACUGUGGCAGAAGAUGCCUGCCCUGCUAAAGCCACUGCCCAUGGCCCUGGGGUUCCAGCACGACCAUGGUGCUGGACAACAGAAGGAGGAGUCUUCAGGCCAUUGCUUUCAGAAUGACGGACCUUCCUCACCUCCUCUGGCAAACAUUGGCAGGAGCCUGACCAGGGGCUACCCUGAGAUUUCUGAAAACUCGGCCCAUGUCUCUCAGUAGGCCCUGGAGAUCCCUGCACUGAAGGGCCUCUGCUCAGAGUGACCUCCUUUUCCUCUGUACACUCAUUAAAGUUUCCGGCAACCCAGCCUUGGCUGUAGAUGUUUCUUCCCUCUGCGUAUGCCCUCCUGAGCCGCCCAGCAAGAAUUGUCUUGCCCUUGGUGGGUAUAAGAUGGGUG